AAGAAAAAAUCCACCAAAAUCUUUUUCUGAAAUCUCUUAUCAUGGCAUUCCCUUUUGGAGCUUUUAUGACUUCAUCAUUGCUCUUUCUUGUUGUUUUUUCAUUUCCUAAUGUGCAUGCAAAAGGCAUCAACUCCUCGUGGAAACGUGCAGCUCACAAUGUUAUUGGAUCAAACCAUGUGAUUAAUGUCCCCAAAAAAAGUGGCAGCAAGUUUCGAACUGGUCCAUGGAAGAAAGCAUUUGCUACUUUCUAUGAGGGAGGCGUUGGAACUUAUGGUGGAGCUUGUGGAUAUGAUGAUGUGGUUAAAGAUGGUUAUGGCCUAGACACAGUAGCAUUGAGCACGGUUAUGUAUAAAAAAGGUAGAACGUGUGGCGCAUGUUAUCAAAUCAAAUGUGUGGACUGUCCAGGGUGUAAGGAAGGGAAACCAUCUAUUACUGUGACGGCAACAGACCUUUGUCCUCCCAAUUAUGCCCAAUCAAGUGAUAGUGGAGGAUGGUGCAAUCCACCACGACAACAUUUUGAUUUAGCAAAACCUGCUUAUCUUAAAAUUGCCGACUACAAAGCUGGCAUUGUGCCAAUCAAAUAUCGCAGGGUACCGUGCAAGAGAAAGGGAGGUAUUCGAUUCACGAUCACAGGGAAUCCUUACUUCAACUUAGUAAAAGUGUCGAAUGUUGGAGGAGCUGGUGAUGUGGUAGCAGUACAUGUAAAGGGUGACGACAAACUGAAAUGGACACAAUUGAAGAGAAAUUGGGGUCAGAAAUGGGAGACUAAUGCCAUGUUAUGUGAAGAGACAUUGACCUUCAGAGUUAGGACAAGUGAUGGAAGGACCUCUACCUCAAAGCAAGUUGCUCCCAAAGGUUGGCAAUUUGGUCAGACUUUUGUAGGCAAAAACUUGGGCAAGAACUAAUAACAUUAAUUCACAUCAUCAUUUAGUGUAGCAAGGGUUGACAAUUAUUAUCAUAAUUGCGUAGCAAGUAAUAUUAUCAUCAUUCAUUAUAGUAUUUUUUGGCUCAAAGAUGUGUAGAAAUUAUAAUGUAUUAACAUGUAUCUAGAUUUAAUAAGAUUAAUCAAUGUAAUGUAAUAAUAUAAGCAAAACGGAGUUCAAAUUCUUCUCUUUUUCUCUUUUGGCCUUCUUAUUGUGUCUACCAUUUAACAAACUAGUAAAGGACUCGUGCGUUCGCACGGGUCGUGCAUUGUUGUAUAA